CGCCUGCGCCGGGCGGGGGGCGGCGGCGGCCGGUGAAGGGAGCGGGGCCGGGCCUGGCCGGGCCCGCCGGGGUCGCCGCGGUACCGGGGCGGCGGGGCCGGCCGCCUCCUGCCGUGCGGCCUGGCGGUGCGAGCGGACGGGAGUCGCUGACGGGCAUCACUACCAGCACCAAAACUUCCCAAAACGAUUCCCCGGGCAGUGCAGUUGACUGAAUAAGCGCUUUGUAUGCCAUGAAAGCUCCAAAGCCAUCCUUACGAAGGGCGGAAAGCAAUUAGAGGAAAUGAAAAUUUAGAAAGAGAUUUGCCAAAUAAAGAAGAAGAUGGGAGCAAACAGCAGCAGCAUCAGUGAGCUUCCAGAAAAUGAGUACUUAAAAAAAUUAUCAGGAGCAGAGCCCAUCUCCGAGAAUGACCCGUUCUGGAAUCAGCUCCUGUCUUUUAGCUUUACCACUCCAACAAACAGUGCUGACUUGAAGCUCUUGGAAGAAGCAACAAUCUCAGUCUGCAAGUCUUUAGUUGAGAAGAAUCCUCGAACAGGAAACCUUGGGUCAUUGAUUAAAGUCUUUCUUUCUAGAACCAAAGAGUUAAAAAUUUCAGCAGAAUGUCAGAAUCACCUCUUCAUUUGGCAGGCUCACAAUGCCCUGUUUAUCAUUUGCUGUUUGCUGAAAGUGUUCAUCAGUCGGAUGUCAGAGGAGGAGCUGCAACUUCAUUUUACUUACGAAGAGAAAGCACCAGGCUCCUACGGAACAGAGUGUGAAGACCUCGUAGAAGAGUUGCUGUGUUGCCUCAUCCAGCUCAUCGUUGAAAUUCCCCUCUUAGAUAUUACAUACAGCAUUUCCUUGGAAGCUGUGACGACUCUCAUCGUCUUCCUCUCCUGCCAGUUAUUCCACAAAGAAAUUCUACGAGAGAGCAUCAUUCACAAAUACCUGAUGCACGGUCGAUGUCUCCCGUAUACCAGCAGACUUGUGAAAACUUUACUAUAUAAUUUCAUUAGACAAGAAAGAAGCCCUCCUCCGGGGACCCAUGUCUUUCAGCCGCAGACAGACGGAGGAGGACUGCUUUACGGAAUCGCCUCUGGGGUGGCGACUGGCCUGUGGACAGUCUUCACGCUAGGCGGGGUAGGGAGUAAACCAUCGCCGCAGCUGGAGCAGUGCUCCCCUCUAGCUAACCAGAGUCUGCUGCUUCUCCUGGUCUUGGCCAAUCUGACCGAUGCUCCAGAUACACCGAAUCCCUACAGGCAAGCUAUUAUGUCCUUCAAGAACACGCAAGAUAGCACUGCGUUUUCAUCAUCCAGUCCACACGCUUUCCAGAUUAAUUUUAACAGUUUAUACACAGCUUUGUGCGAGCAGCAGAAAUCUGAUCAAGCGACUCUUCUUUUGUACAUGCUUCUGCAUCAAAAUGGCAACGUACGGACGUAUGUCUUGGCACGAACGGACAUAGAAAAUCUCGUUCUGCCAAUUCUUGAAAUUCUGUAUCACGUUGAAGAAAGGAAUUCACACCACGUUUACAUGGCUCUUAUCAUCUUGCUGAUCCUUACAGAGGAUGAUGGCUUCAACCGAUCCAUUCAUGAAGUGAUAUUGAAAAAUAUCACUUGGUAUGCUGAGCGUGUCCUAACAGAGAUCUCGCUUGGGAGUCUCCUGAUACUAGUCGUGAUAAGAACCAUCCAGUACAACAUGACACGGACAAGGGACAAAUACCUUCAUACAAAUUGCCUGGCAGCCUUAGCAAAUAUGUCAGCACAGUUCCGCUCCCUUCAUCAGUAUGCUGCUCAGCGGAUCAUCAGUUAUACCUGCCGCCACUUGCGGAGAUAUGUGUAUGUCUUGGACAAACUGUAUUUCCCCCACUCCCACUGCUCUACGCUGCAGCAUUGCUUCUCGACCCUCAGUGACAAUGGAGAGGAACUCUUGUCUUUAACUUGUUCUCACAUUCUCAGAUCCUAUGCUGCCAGUUUAUUUUCUUUGCUGUCGAAAAAACACAACAAAGUGUUGGAACAAGCCACCCAGUCCUUAAGAGGUUCCCUCGGUUCAAAUGACUCUCCGCUUCCUGAUUACGCGCAAGAUCUGAAUGUGAUCGAGGAAGUGAUCCGGAUGAUGUUGGAGAUCAUCAACUCCUGCCUGACAAAUUCUCUUCAUCACAACCCCAACUUGGUGUACGCGCUGCUUUACAAGCGGGAUCUGUUUGAGCAGUUUCGAACUCACCCUUCCUUCCAGGACAUAAUGCAGAAUAUAGAUCUGGUGAUCAGCUUUUUCAGCUCCCGAUUAGAGCAAGCUGGAGCCGAGCUGUCAGUAGAGCGAGUUCUGGAAAUCAUCAAGCAAGGAGCUGUUGCUUUGCCCAAAGACAGACUAAGAAAAUUCCCCGAGCUGAAGUUCAAGUACGUGGAGGAGGAGCAGCCUGAGGAGUUCUUCAUCCCCUACGUUUGGUCCUUGGUCUACAACUCCGCCGUGGCCCUGUACUGGAACCCGCAUGACAUCCAGCUCUUCACUAUGGACUCCGGCUGAAGGAAAUGCCCCGGCCAAGCCAACUCAACUCUGUCUUCUUACAGGAACCGAAACUCCACACUGCCUGUUAAUACGUGACCCCUUCCAGCGUGCACCCUCUGACCCCAAAGCUUACGGAGAAUGAAGCUUGCCGCUAGUGUACAGUCCAACGUCCAUGUUUCGGAAGCAGAUUGCCACCGACACGCUGGCAACGGACUGUGGUGUGAGGAACUGACGGCUUGUAGGCAACCUUGUAUUUAUAGUCCUAUAACCUAGAGCUUGUUUGAUGAAAAUGUGGCCUUACACACGGGGUAUGAUGUUACUACCAACCACAAACCUGAUCGUUCUUUUAACUUCCCGGGGUAAAUGAGGAAAGAGAUUGCGGGCUUUGCUUUGGAAGCAGCGUUUGUGUUUUCGUUUCUUUCGAGUGAGGCAGCUUCGUUGGGUGAAGCUUUCCGUGGUCUGUUGGAUUCGGCCGUGGCUUGCUGGUGACCUGAUCCCGUGCUUUCACUCGCAGCCCUUCAUUUCGGUGGCGCUGUCAGGGAUGCGGUCGUUCAAUUGGUGUCCACCCGUGUCAUCCGAGCCAAGGAAGCAAGGAGCGUAUUAAUCAGAUUAGCUCCCGGGCAGAUUCAAAACCCUUGAUUUAGAUGUCCAAAUGUUUGUGGGAGGAUUUUUCAAUAGCAAGUCUUUUGUUUGUUGUUGUCGUCGUCGUUGUUGUUUGACGGGCAAAUACUCUACAGAGGGCUAGAAACACCAGCUUUCAGAGUCAGGUCCCUUACGGGCUCGUUUUACCGCGCUUCUGUGCGAAAAGCCGUUCCUGGAAAUGGAGCGUGUGGCGAGGGGGGAAGAAAAAUCUCCAAAGGAAAUAGUUAUAAGAUUGUAAAAUAGACCAACGUCCUGUAAAAACGUGCGUCAUGGUGACAGUGUGUGGUGGGGGAUCCCGGGCAAAGUUCUGUGUUGAAAAUCCCCUGGUUGCUAUUAAAGGUUUUAUGGCAGAAGUAUAAAUUUAUCUGAAUGUAGAACGCUUCUCUUUUUUUGGUUGGUUUUUUUGUUGUUGUCGUUGUCGUUUUAAAGUGUCCUUCUCCUGAUAGACCUGUUCCUGCAGCGGGAAGAACAAAAGAAAUGGCUUGACCUGAUUUUGAAAGAACCUCUCGUUUUUUCAAAAUGAGGAGCGUUUCUUCUCCGGGGGGGCUCCGGAUGGUGCCCGUUCCACCUGCUGCUAUCGGGGCGGGGGGGGACUGUCACCGGUGCAUGGCAUGCCAAAACAUGAAUAUCAAGGGAUUAGUUCCCAAACACACGUGGCAACCCCCUGUAUUCGUUGCCGGCUCUGGCAUGGUCUGGGUUUUCUGACCUGAAGAAUCGGGUCCGUUUGCUUUCGGACAGUCCUUCGAGUGGCUUGAAAUCGAAUUUCUUGCCCCCAUUUAGUUCCCUGAAGGAUGCGCUUGGAUUGUACUUUCCUUUUAUCUGCUUAUUUAGAGGCGGAAGGCCAUUUGAGUCCUACACGCCUGGAAAUGUUGGCUUUAAAAAAAGAAAAAAAGCCUUCCAAAUUUAUUUCAAUAUAGCUUACAAAGCGUCGUGUACAGCCCAGGAGCAUUUCGGACUUGAAAAUGGCAGAAGCUUUUGAGAAAAUGCAAUAGUAAGAGUGGAGACGCAGUUUUUCUUGGGAAAAUAGGAGAAAUGAAUGAACCGUGACUGAGCUGCACGUUGAGUUUUGGAUUUCCGGAGGUUUUUUUUUUUUUGGUGUCUUCGAGCAAACGUCGCAGGGGAGUGACUCCUCUUGGUUAUCGCGGUGGUUUGUAAUUCCGUCCUUAGUAAAAGACUGCGAGCGUUUGUCAGGCGGCAGAGCUGCCCGGCCUUUGGAAAGGUCGGUCUGAAGAUGCACUUUUAAACUGUGGAUGCUGAAGCUGCUGGGAAUGGCUCAGUUUUCGUCUGUCUUAAUGGCCCGUGAGCACCUGAACCUGCCCCGAGGUCGAGGUGAGCAGCAGAAGUGGAGCGCUCCGUGAAAAGAGGGCUCAACCCCAGCAGAUGCCUCUCAACCAGGCAUCACACUGGAGGGCACCCGAUUUUUUCUUUGAAAGGGCUUUUUAUAAAGCGAGAGGGUACGUAAAGCAGCGAUCUGGCAGAAUAGGUCAAGCCAGCUGCUGAAUCGACGUGGGAGUCGCACAAUGAAUUUUCUUUCUCGCUGCCCCCUUGUCGCGAUGACAUUGAAUUGAAGUGCAGAAGGAACAGGUUUGUUCCGAUCGCGUAAUUUCCUCGUGCGUUGAAUUAAUAUGCAAUGCUCCCGGGGCCCAGCUGGUUUGAAACAGCUGGAGUUACAAUCCAAAGCCGAAACAGCAGAGCCAGACCAAGAUUUAUGCCGAAAUCCGUGCUAGCUCCGUCGGCUCUUCCAAGAGUUUGAGCGUUACAUGGGUCUGGCAGUGUCCUGAAGUCUGCAGGUCUGGCACGGUCGCAAAUAACUCUUGUUUUCCUUCAGAUCUGUAAAGUAUCACCUUAGGGAUCCUUUUCGUUACUUUGUGUGAAAGAUUUAUUAUGCGUAAUAAUAAAAAAAAAAAAAUCAAAACAGUAAA